CAUCUGGCGGGAGGAGCUACUUCCGCUUCGUCUCGGACGAGGCUGCUUCCGCUUCUGCGUUCAAAGGUCGCAUCUCCGGAGGUGGCGGAAGGAAAACAGGCGGUGAAGCGGGUCAGUCUUCCAGCAUGGCUUCCUUUGGGUGGAAAAGGAAGAUUGGUGAGAAGGUUUCAAAGGCCACUUCCCAGCAGUUUGAAGCUGAAGCUGCUGAUGAGGAGGAGGAUCUAGCUGACAAGGAAGAUGGUAACAGUGCCCAUAAAGCUAAGAAGAGGAAGGAUGUUCUCGUGGGGGACUGCGUGGAGAAAAGCAAGCAGCUCAAGGAUGAAGGUGCAGUUUUGGCUGAGAAUAGGAGGUACUGGGAGGCUAUUCACAAAUGGGAUGAAGCACUUCAGUUAACUCCAGAAGAUGCUACACUUUAUGAGAUGAAAUCACAGGUCCUGAUGUCUCUGCAUGAAAUGUUUCCAGCGGUACAUGCAGCAGAAAUAGCUGUCCAGAGAAAUCCCCGUUCUUGGGAGGCAUGGCAGACGUUGGGGCGUGCUCAGCUUGGAUUAGGGGAAAUAGUAUUGGCAAUCAGAAGUUUUCAGGUGGCCUUGCACAUCUAUCCAAUGAAUCCUGAAGUGUGGAAAGAAGACCUUUCCUGGGCCAGAAAGCUCCGUGAGCAACAGAAGAAAGCAGCAAACCCUGAAGCAACACAAGCAAUGGCAAAAGAAAAGUCUGCUACACAAGAAUCUAUCCCAGACUAUGACUUUGAAAGUGAUGAGAUUGUGGCGGUUUGUGCUGCCAUAGCUGAGAAGGAAAAACCCAUGUCCGAAACUAAAACAGUGGUCAUCGUGUCUGCUUCAGGCACAGUGGAGACUGUAACUGAAGAAGAGAAAUGCGCUACAACUCUUGAUGAUAGCACUUUUAUCAAAGCCCGAUAGUGUAGCAUAACCUUUUGCCAGUAUUGCUUUUAAGUGUAAUGUUAUUUAUCAAGCGUUUGAAUGUCUUUUUAGCAGCAGAGCAAACUGGCAAAAGAGAAAAGACAGGAGGUGCUAAAGCAGUUUUUUCAGAGAAAAAGUGUUUUUAUGUAGAUAUGAAAAAAGCAACAGAUAAGCAAAGAUCCAAUUUCUCAUUCCCUCCAUACUUCUGGAGAAGGAAGCUAGUUGUUGAUAUUAAAACUCUUUUUUUUGGUAAAGAUUACAUGAAAAUAAUUUGAAACUACUAACUACAUUAUAUCAACUCUGAGUUUAUCCAACUUUGUUGCAUAAUUGUUCUGUAUAAAUGAUGUCUGUUUUUUUUUACCUGUGCUUAUUUAUCUGUUACUUAAAAAGAAACCACAAAGGGAAAUUUAAUGAAAAUGUUACUUCUCAAUCCUUAAUUAUUGACAUUAAUUAGCAGCCAGUUCAGUGAUGAAUUUUAUUUGGCGAAGUUUUUAUUUUCAUUAGUGUAGGGAUUUCAUUAAAAAGCUACGGAUGAUUGUGGAUAGUCUUUGUUAACCCUGAGACUUCAUUUCAAGUCCUUUGGGGUCAAGGGAAUGUUUCAUAUUGUGUUUCAAGGGGCUUGAAGCCAGUGUAUCAUAUGAGUUGUGCUAAACCACACUAUGUUCAGACACUUUUAAACGUUAAUCUAAAUCUACUGAAGAAAGGAUGCACAAAUAGAAAUGAAAUUCACCUUCUGUUGACUCGUCCAUUAGUACUGAUACUUGACUUUUGCGUUAUAUACAGCACAGUAAAAUAUUGGGAGCACAAUGAGGAAAGUAUUAGGAAUGCGACACUGAGAUAAAUUCUGAGAUUCUUUACUUUUAAUUUUUCUUAAUGCAAGACUAAGACUUUUUCCGUUGAGUUUUUGAUGCUAUUAGGGGUGCACCGAUAAAGGUUUUCACUGAUAAAGGUUUUUUUGGCUGAUACCGAUGGCCAGUUAUUAGCCAGCCAUAUCAGUCAAUUACCACUCUGGUUGCCAAUAUGCAGCCCGGCAGCUUGGAAAGUAUCAUCCAGCCAGUAAAUGUGUGUAGGGAAAGGGGUAUGGGGGAGGGAAGAGACAUGGGGUGGCGAGGGGGAGCAUAUUGAGGCCCCCGUGGUGAAGUAGAGAGCGGGCCAGGGGCAGGCAGGGGUGGGGUGGGACACAGGGUAGAGCUGUGGGCGAUUCGUCUGGGGACAGCUCCUGGCUGCUGUGCACAUCCCUAUGGGAGGCAUGUGCCCCCUGGACUUGUGCAUGGGCUUCCUGUUGCAGGCUUGGGGCCAGGGGCUACACCAGCCUCUUCCCAGUGGGGUGCUGAGCUGCAUCUGUACUCGGGGCAGACAGGGGACAGAGUGGGCAGCACUGGGAGGGUAGCUAUGAGGUGGACUAUGGCCACCCCAAAAUUUGCCAUAGGGCCCCCAUAGCACACUUCCUAGUGCUGUCGCUGGCCACCUCACCACCGCCUGCCCCGAGUGCAGCCCUGGUUCAGCCCUCCCACUGGGAAGAGGCCAGCACGGCCUCUGGCCCCACGCCCACAGCUAGGAGCCCACACUCGCCCCAUGCACAAAUCGAAGUGGCACAUGCCCCCCAUGCUUCUCCUAGGAAUGUGCACAGGAGUGGAGGAUGCACCCUCCCCCAGACAAGCCACCCAUAGUUCAUUCCUGCCUCAGCCUGCCCCAACUGGGCAAAACCUGCCCCCGCCCCAGCCCCGCUUCCUCCUGCACUGCAGGGGCUCUUAUCUCCAACCCCUCCCCUCUCCCCCCCCCACAGACUUACUGGAUGGAUGCUGCUCGCCAAACUGCCAGGCUGCAUUUCUGCCUGUCCACGUGCAUCGGUGACAUUAUUGGCCAAAAAAAGCUGAUUGCUGAUAAUGUCAAUUUUCCUUUUAUCAGUCCCAAUAUGAUGUGGACCAAUAAACAGAUGCACCUCUAAAUCAAGGGUGGACAAAAUAUGGCCUGCGGGCCGGAUUCGGUCCGCAAGGCCAUUCUAUCCGGCCUCCGGGGCCCCUAAAAAAUAUAGAAAAUUAAUAUUUAUCAGCCAUUGGUUCCUGUCAAAAAUUACAGGAAUCAAGGACAGUAGGACCCAUGGGAAGCCCUGGCGGGCUCCCACGACAGCAAGGCCUGCCCGGCCCCGCCCCCCCAACCCCAGCCAGGGCUUCUGGCCUGCAACCGCAUGGCUGCUGUGGUGCCGGAACCGCAGGUAAGGGGGAAAGGGGGGGAAGGGAAGGUGAGGACCCUGGGCACGGAAGGAGCCCAGAUAAAAGCGGCCCCGUGCCCGCUCCCUGCCCAACGCCCCGCGUUGCAGCCACUCGCAGCCUGCCUGGGGCUGCCUGUGCCUGCUCUGGACAGCCCUGCGCAGGCUGUGAGCGGCUUCAGCGUGGGGUGUUGGGCCGCUUCCACCCCCCCCAUUCUCAGCUUUUCGCUGGGCUCCUUCCUUGCUCCUCCUUGGUGCAGAGUUAAGCAGCCCCUCCCCACCCCGGUGGUCAGUGCUCCCUGCUGCAGCCCAUGCAGGGCUGUCUGGAGCAGGUACAGGCAGCCCCAGGCAGGCUGCAAGCGGCUGCAGUGUGGGGCAUUGAGCAUGGGGUGGGCGAGGGGCCGCUUCCCUCCCCCCAGCACCAGCUUGUAACCCAGGCCCACUGCCAGCCUGGGCCCCAUGCCGGCACCAGGCAGUGUUUGCCACCACCGCCUCUGGGCUGCCCAACGCACAAGCUCUGGGCAGACAGCAGCAGCAAACACUGCUUGGCACGGCAAGCAGUGGGGCCGCCGGCACAGCCCCAACAGGUGAGUCCAGAGCCGGCGUGGAGCCCAGGCUGGCAGCGGGGGCAGGUUACAAGCUACUGCUGAGCGUGGGGGGGGGAAAAAGUGGCCCCUCACCCUGUGGCCGGUGACCCACGCUGCAGUCACUUGCAGCCUGCAUGGGGCUGCCUGUGCCUGCUCCAGACAGCUGCACCUGCAGCAGGGAGCGCCAGCCAUGGGGUGGGCAAGGGGCUGCUUUUCCCCACGCUCAGCACCAGCUGCAGCCCAGCCCAGCUCCACAGACCCCUGCCAGCCUGUGCCCCACUUUGGGCCACACUGGUUUUGACCCUGGGACAUUGGUCCCAAGACAUUUGGACAUUGGUCCCAAGAUGGUGACCAGGGGGCAGGGCACCUGUCAAGGGGCGGGUCUACCCAUGCAGCCCUUGACAGCUUGCCAAGCCUGGGUAAGCAGCCCUCUGCCUGAAAUAAUUGCCUGCUCCUGCUCUAAAUAAUAUGCCCUUGGACCCAAAAAAGAUGAUUGUUUUGUAGUUAGUAGGGUGUUAUUCAGGAUAGAAUUGAGUGGACCCAUCUCUUGAUUUCUAGUUGAGAUUGUUGUCCGUCGUCCCCCCCCCCCCCCCCCCCCCCCCCCCCCUUUAGGCACUGCUCAAAAUUCUGGCCCUACUGAAGUUGGUGACAAAGCUUCCAUUCACUUCAAUGUAACCGAAGCUGACUUGGAUAUCUGUAUUGUAUACAGUUGCAGUCAGGUGGCUAAUUGUCCAACUAAAGGCUACUUUUAGGAACUUGGUCUACCACACAGUUCCCAAAGAAUCCAGUAUAGUUAUCAUACUGACCUUGUAUUAAAAUACAGCUUUGUAGAGCAAACUUAAAAAAAAAAUUAAUCUGAUUUAGAGCCAGAUAAAGUUUUUCAAAGCUCACUGUCAUAUUUGUCAUUUUAUAUUUUCGUUUGUAUUUUUAAAUGUGUACUUUUAAAAGCAUUUUGCGGUAGCUAACAUACGAUGGAAAGAUUCAUUGACUCAGUUUAUGGGUGAGCCCCAUUACUGCGUCAGAGGAUAUUUUAUAAUCUGUACAAAAACUAGUAGUCUCUCCACUUUUCAAAGAUAAUAGCAAAUGCUGUUAUUGGGUGUCUGUCUUUACUAAAUUUUCAUUAUUUUUUAGAUGAUAAACUGCUUCAUAUUUUUUAUUGUCUUUUAAAUAUUGGAAGUAAUUAUAAUGAAACUGAGUUCCUACGAUAAAUUUUAAAAAUACAUCUCAUCCUGCAAAAAUCAAAAGGCUUCAUUUUCAUUCACUCAAUUCAGAAUUGUUAUUAAUUCACAAUGUACCUCCUGCUUAUUGGGAAGGUUCUAAUGUAUAGAGUAGUCCAGGAGUGGGGAGUAUAAUAUUUCCCUUCUCUAAUUGGAAACUGGAUAAAUCUAUUUAUUUGUAAUUUGAAAAAUAAAUCUUCUCCAGGCCUCAUCUUUCAUAGCACAUGUUUCUGCCCAGGCAGCAUUUUGGUAGCCACCUUCUGAACCUCUCAGAUUUUAUAAUAGAACUACUAGCAUAUCUGCUUUAACUGAAAGCUUGUUCUGGGAGUAAGCUUUUAAAAUCUUACUGAUAAAUCAAUGAUAGACAUUUUGGUGUGGCAGAGCCCUAAAAUGUUCCAGUUUACCAAAAAGAAAACUAUUUUUAUUUAAAAUGAUGAUAAAGCAACGUAUAGACAGUCAUGGUGCAUGAAAAGAAUUUUCCUGUUAUCUCUGAGCCCUAAGAAGAUCACUUUACACAAGGGUAAAUUUAGGCAGGUCUCUUCCAGCAACAGGGAAGUGCUCCGACUUGAAGAUAUAUCCAAGAAGCUGUCAUACUGCAUUGGGGAAGUAUGUUUGCUAUGUCUCAUUUAGAUGGAGUUAGACUAAUGACUUUGUACCUCUUUCCCUAUUUUCUGCAUUUUCUGCUUGAGUCAUUGUGUAAUCUCUUUAUUCAAGGAUGGAGAGGCUUGGCCUCCUACUCCAGACUUGUUCCCAUUGAAAUCAGUUAUAAAUUUCCCAUUGAUUAGAGUAGUGCAGGGUGUGACUCAUAAGAGGGUGAACCAGUGUUGGACAGAUUACUGAGCCUGGUUUGAGAAAUCAUCAUUUUCAUGCCAGUGGUCUUUCCCUUUGAUGAAAAUAGAUUAUUACUUCUAGGUGAGCAAUAUGGUUUUAUGAGAGAACAUCUAAUACCAUUUUUUUUUGUCAUCAGUGUUUAUUCCCAACUUUCUUAGUGUGCCAACUGGCAAUAUCCACCUUAUUCUAAUUUUGUAUAGUGUGCUAUUAUUGCAUAUGUAGGUCUCACUUGUUUAAUUAUCUCCAUCUUGUAAAUAAAGUGUUGGCUUCCUUACCAGUCA